GUUCCAUUGUACAUGAUACUAGACUGUACAGUACUACUAAUAAUUUGAUGAUAAGUGCUACUGGACACCCAGAGGCAAGCUGCAGCGUGUAAUGUCGUCUCACCAGAGCACGCAUGUCUUUCCAGUCACUGUCCUGUUCUGCCUUUGGAUUGCGGAUCACCUUCUAGCAAACAUCGCCAUCAACUCUGUGCUCAAUGGCUACCACCACGUACCCGUACUCGCCGCUUGUCCUCGGGCCGAAUUCUAUCCGACUCUUACACAUUCAGAAGGGGUGGGGCCCCGACGAUGUUGUUUGCCAGCUCUUCGAAUCGUUCCCAGACCAAGGAAGGGGCCCUGCUUACAAGGCUCUGUCCUACACCUGGGGUGGUCUUCAGCACAGGUUCCAAGGGGGGGAGCCUCGUGUCCUCAUCGACGGAUAUCAUAUCAAGAUGAAAGAGAAUCUCUAUACGGCCCUGCGACAGAUACGGUGUCACGACCGUGACGUGACGCUCUGGGUUGACGCUAUUUGCAUCAAUCAAGAAGAUAAAGCGGAGAAGGGUCAUCAGGUCAGCCAGAUGGGCAACGUAUAUAAGGGUGCUGAGGAAGUACUUAUCUGGCUGGGUCUGAGUAACGAAGAUAUCGACUCUCUUCUCAAAUCUAUCAGCUGCAUUGACGCUAAAGCAAUAGAGGCCCAGGCUCUAAGCAGUACCGAGGAUUGGAGGAGUCUCUGCCGUCGGUUUUUCGACCAGCGGCUAUUGGGCCUAGGACCGCCAACUCAAUCAAAAACGACCCAAGCUCUUGCAAAUCUUCUCGCCAGACCGUGGUUCACAAGGGUCUGGGUUCUCCAAGAAGUCGCCAACGCUCGAACAGCUCGGAUUAUGUGCGGGUCGAGGUCGUGUCCGGCACGGACAUUUGCCCUUAUACCCUCAUUCAUGGGACUGGAUAUCAACGAACACACUCGGGCAGUCCUCGAUAUCAUGCCGCGAGUUCGCCAGAAUACGUGGUGGUCUUCGAAACGGUAUCUUCAGUUCCUCCUUAACAAGUUCGCGAAAAGUCAGGCGUGCAUGCCGCGGGACAAGAUCUACGCAUUACUUGGUAUGUCCGAGGAUGCGUGCGACCCUAAAAGGUUCCACCCCUGCUACUUGAAAAGCAACGGCGAGGUCUUUAGAGAUACGGCGUCCUUCCUGUUAUUUGGAGAGAUACUUGACUCAAGCUUUUCACUCCCAGAGUUUGCCUUGGCCGACCUGUCACUCCCAAUAAUCCAGCUGGCCGAAAAAACACUUAGCUGGGCUCUUGGGCAAAGCGGGCUGCAACCAGACUCAGUACGGAAAACAGCAGAACUUCUCAUUCGCCGUCUCAAUGAGGGUCAACUUAAAACAGCCGAUAUGCUGUUGACUCUUGUAGAACGGCACGCGCCUCUUCAACUUGACAAAGUGCGGGAUAUCUUCCGCCAGGGACAGGUUGAACUUGGCGUCAACUUCGAAGACACAGGGGCUACGUUGACGAUCGCUUCGAAACACGACUCUCUCAUCGCUCCGGUCAGCCUCGCCUUUUCGCGGGAGGUUUCCCCGUCGAGGGAUUCAAGGUCGAUGCCCCCACCCCCAUUCAAAGACGACGAGAACAUGUUAGAGACUAUCACCCAACUGGAACAGGCCGGGUCGUCGAAUGAGGAGCUUCUACGGGCCCAUGUAUGGGCAGGCCAUACGGAUAUCGUGCGCAGAUACUUGGGCAUGGGUGUUGAUGUGGACGGAGCAGACAGCAACGGCUUCACAGCCCUCCAUUUUGCCAGCCGGCGAGGGUAUGAAGAGAUUGUAGCCCUGCUACUGCAAAAGGGGGCCGACGUAAACCGGAAGGCUAGGUUUUGACGGAGUUUUUUCUUUCACAUUUUUCCUAGUUUGUUUUUCUGUCUCCCCUUCUGCGGCAUGAUCACGUGCCCUCCUCAACUCAAAGGUCCAUACUUCAACCUCGCUGAGCAGAUGGUUAUCGCAAGAACGACCAACCCAAGACCUUCGCCUCACUUGCACCAUACUUGAGAGCACUUGACUCGCAGUGACGUUGGAACUCUCCAUAUCUCCCAUGCAGUCUUUGGCCCCAUCCGUCCAGACGGCGGCAUUCUCUUAUUUGGUAUGCCUGUCCGCAAUGACCCAUCAGAAGCCUGCGCCUCCCUUUCUUUUCUCUUUGGGACGACUG